AGGCGGAUGGUAAAUUCCUUGCCGCUGCUGUUCACGGAGGUGGCGCAGGGCAGUGGAGAGAUCAUGAGUUCUGGGGUCAGACCCGGAUUUCAAUCCCAGUUUGGGCGUCUUCUUGUUACAAGACCUUGCGCAAGUCACAUUCCCUCUCCACUUCAUCCUGCGUUUCCUCAUUUGUGAAAUGGGCAUAAAGAAGCCUCGUAACUUUAUCGUGGAGGGGACUAAGUGCGAUACUACCGGCAAAGCCCCUGUCACAUGGCAGACACUCGUAAAAAGUGAGGGCCUCUCCCCUUGGCGAACGAGGAGAGGAGACUAUGAAAGGUCGGUGCCGGUGGCAGUGGGCAGCAGGCCGGGUCGGCGGCGCUGGGAGGAAGGGGGCGAGGGGCGCCGUGGCAGCCUCCGCGCACCCCGUGGUGCCAGAACCCGGCGAGCAGCGAGCCGGGCUCUGAGGAGGAUACUCCGGGCCUUGGCGUGCAGGCGGCUUCGGGAGGGCCAGGUCAUCUGGCGCCGCCCCGGCCUCCCUCCCUCUUUCAUCCCCUCACUUACCCGCCCAGCCGGGCCGUCAGCGCUGCCGGCUCAGCCACGGGUGGCCUCCUGGGCGUCCGUGGAAACGCCUUCCGGCCGGAACAACUUCCGGCCUGGCUGCGCCAUCAUUGGCUGUUCGCGCCGCGGGGUCGGACGGAGUCCGCCGCUGAUUGGCUGGCGGCCCCGGCGCCGGUGGAACGCGACUGGGUUGCGGGGUACAGGCAGGACAGCCUCCGGGAGGACCGAGAGCUUCCGUUUGCCCCUUGACGGACAAGGAGAAACUGUGUCUUCAAUGGCUUCGCUGGUGGCUUAUGAUGACUCGGACUCAGAGGCUGAGACUGAGCCUGUGGGCAGUUUUAAUCCUGCCGGCCAGAUGAAAGACGCUUCUGAUGCCGUCAGACCUCCUGGGCAGGAUUUUACCUCGGAAGUCCUGGAUGCGAAGGGCGGGGGAGCACUGCCCACAAAGCAUGGUUCUUGUGAAGACGCAGCCAGCUGUCGUCUCCCUCUGGCUCGGCUCUGGAGCAGUGACUCAGGAUCUUGCCCCAACCAGAGGCUUCAGUGGCCCAGGACAGAGCCUGACGUCACCUUCCCCACCAGCCAGCCUGCUCGUCCUUCCCUGUGGACCAGCCGUGCUCCAGCUGGCCACGUGCCCCUGGCAGCUGCCCGCUUGAAGCAGGUGAAACUCUCCUGGGGAACUUCUGGCUCCCCUGAGCCAUCUUUCUGUGCCCGAACUGGAUCUGAAACCCCAGGUAAAAAUGGCAGCUCUCUUCAGAGGCAGUGGCGUGAGGACUGUGUUGUACCCUAUACCCCGAAAAGACUAAGACAGUUGCAAGCAUUAAGCACCGAAACAGGCAAGGGUAAAGACAUGGAGCCCCAGGGUCCCUGUGCAGGGCGCGCCCCGGCCCCUCUCUGUGUGGCGCCCCAAGUGUCCGAGUUUAUUCAGCCGUAUUUGGACAGUCAGUAUAAGGAAACCCAGAUUCCCAGGAGGGCGCUCUUCCAUCUGAGAGGCCACCGGGGCCCAGUCAACAAUAUCCAGUGGUGUCCAGUCUCUUCCACGAGCCACAUGCUUCUCUCAGCUUCUAUGGAUAAAACCUUCAAGGUGUGGAACGCCGUGGACUCGGGAAGCUGCUUGCAGACCUACUCCCUGCACAGUGAGGCAGUGCGGGCCGCCCGGUGGUCCCCCUGUGGCCAGCGCAUCCUCAGUGGUGGCUUCGACUUCGCCCUGCACCUAACAGACCUCGAAACAGGAACCCAGCUAUUCAGUGGUCAAAGUGACUUUAGAAUCACCACCUUGAAAUUUCAUCCAAGAGACCACAACGUUUUCGUAUGUGGCGGCUUCAGCUCUGAAAUGAAAGCUUGGGACAUAAGGACCAGCAAGGUGGUGAGAAGCUACAAGGCCACCAUCCAGCAGACCCUGGACAUCCUCUUCCUCCGGGAAGGCUCCGAGUUUCUGAGCAGCACCGAUGCUUCGAGCCGGGACUCUGCCGACCGCACCAUUAUUGCCUGGGAUUUCCGGAGCUCCGCCAAAAUCUCCAACCAGAUUUUCCACGAGAGGUACACCUGCCCCAGCCUCACCUUGCACCCGAGGGAGCCUGUGUUCCUGGCGCAGACCAACGGCAACUACCUGGCCCUCUUCUCUGCCGUGUGGCCCUACCGGAUGAGCAGAAGGCGGCGCUAUGAAGGGCACAAGGUGGAAGGCUACUCGGUGGGCUGCGAGUGCUCUCCAGACGGUGACCUGCUGCUGACGGGCAGCGCCGACGGCCGGGUCCUGGUGUACAGCUUCCGCACCGCCAGCCGUGCCCGCACGCUGCACGGGCACACGCAGGCCUGUGUGGGCACCACCUUCCACCCCGUGCUGCCCUCCGUCCUCGCCACCUGCUCCUGGGAGGGCGACGUUAAGAUCUGGCACUGAGCCUCCCAGCGCGGAACCUUCCAGACACCGGCCGGGGUGGGUGGGUGUGUGUGAUGAGGAGGAUCUGAGGUUGGCUUCGGGGUCAGGCUCGGGUGGACGCUGCCUUCUCCACCCUCUGAGCCUCAGUGUCCUCAUCUGUAAAAUGGGGACAAAAAUCCGUGCGUCUCGGGGUUCUGAGGACUACAUUGGCAAAAGCACCUGGCACGGUGCUGGUGAUGAUCAAUAAA